CUCGGGGAGCCACAGAAUCCGCUCCGCCAGCCCUCCAGCCCGCCUUCCCGCCGCAGGCAGCGACCCUCCGAGCUGAACCCCAUGGCCCGCGCCGCGAACCCCGCCGCCGCCCGGCUCCUCCGCGCCGCGCUACUGCUUCUGGUCCUGGUGGCCGCCGGCCGGCGCGCAGCAGGGGCGCCUGUGGUCACCGAACUGCGCUGCCAGUGCCUGCAGACCGUGCAGGGGAUUCACCUCAAGAACAUCCAGAGCGUGAAGGUGACGCCCCCGGGACCCCACUGCGGCCAAACGGAAGUCGUAGCCACUCUCAAGGCUGGUCAGGAAGUUUGUCUCAACCCUGAAGCCCCCAUGGUUAAAAAAAUCAUCAACAAGAUGCUAAACAAGGACAGUGCCAACUGAUCUAGAGAGCUGGAGAGAGCUUACUGGCUACUACUGCAGCCUUAGUGGAAUCAAAGUGAAAGAAGAGAAACAAAUAGCUCCUGGGGCCACCUGGACUGCGUCUAAUGUUUUUGCCUGUUUCUUAUGAGAGUUCUUCUAUUUAUUUACAUAUGUAUUUAUUUAUUUAUCUAUUUUUCAAAGCCUGUAUAUUACUGUUCUAUCUAAAAGGUAUGAAUGUGUUUGGCAAUUCUCUGUACUGUUAUUUUAAAAGGUCAUUUUUACAUUAAAUCAAAGUUAAUUCA